GCCUGGUAGAGUUAUAUCAAUAACUACACCUGAGGAUUUACCCUUUGCCUUUGAUCUAAUGACAUUUGUAGGGGGACGUAUCCUCCCCCUUAGUCAGUGCAUGCAGCAGCAGCAGCUGCAGCAGCUGCAGCAGCAGAAGCAGCAGCAUGAUAAAGAAGAAGAAGAAGAAGAAGCAGCAGCAGCAGCAGCAGCAGGGGGAAUGGUAGGAGCAGAACAACAUACAGAUAAUAGCGACGCAGAGGAAGAAGAGGACUCUUUCCCUGCAGCAGAUAUAGCAGCAGCAGCAGCAGCAGCAAAGGAAGCACCAGCAGCAGCAGCAGCAGAUGCACAGGAAGCAGAGGCACUUUGUCGUGCAGCAGCAAUAGAACCACCAACAGCCCCAUCACCAGAAUCAGCAGCAGCAGCAGAAGAAGAGCCACAACCAACAGCAGCAGCAGCAGCAACAACAACAACAACAACAGCAGCAGCAGCAGCAGCAGCAGGACUAAGUUGCUUAGGGGAGGUAUCAACAGGUAUAUACCCAUUAGGGGCCCCCCCUCUUCUUGAUUUAUAUGCAGAGGCUGUGUCUCGUUGCAUGCAAGGGAACAGCGAGGUGCAGGGGCUGCAGCAAGCAGCAGCAGCAGCAGAGAAAUUAUAUUAUAAGACAAGACCAGCAGCAAGUAAGGAAGGAGCAGCAAGAGCAAAAGAGAUGCUAGCAGCAGCAGGAGGGCUGCAGCUACUAUCUGCUGUUCGUUACCCUGAGGGUUUGCUGCUUCCUCCUGUUGCUGCUGCUGCUGAUGAUGAUAGUGGUGGUGGUGGUGCUGCUGCUGCUCAGCAGCAGCAGCAGCAAGAGCAGCAGAAAAAGAUGACAAAAGAGCAGAAAGAGAGAGUGCAGCAACUGCAGCAACUACUGCAUGCACAGCAGCAAGAUGCUGCUGUCCCGCUGCAGCUGCUGCAGCAAAUAAGAAACUUUAGGCCUAAGGUAGGGGUACAGGGGAGCGUACUUAGUGCUGCUGCUGUUGAGGGAAUUAGCAGCAGGAAGCAAGAAAAAGAAAUAAUUGCUGCAGCAGCAGCAGCAGAAGCAGCAAAACAUCUUAAUGCUGUUAAUCAGCAAGACACAGAUAAUUAUAUACAAGACACAGACACAGAAGAAGAAGAAGAGACACAACAGCAGCAGCAGCAGCAGCAGCAACAGCAGGAUGGGGAGGAGGAGGAGGAUGACACAUCACAGACCACAAGCAGCAGUAGCAGCAGCAGCAGCAGCAGCAGCAGCAGCAGCAGCAAAAACAGCGUGCUGCAUGCAUUAACAGCAGCAGCAGCAGCAGGGAGAGGAGACACCUCAAGGGGUAAGCAGAGAAGAAUAUAUCUGACAAAGAGACAACAACUAAUAAAUUAA